AUGGCUUCACGUGAAGGGAUUAAUCCCUUGCGGCCUUACUAUAUCCCUCAGUCGGGGUUAUCGCCCACUACAAAUGUGACCCAAGAGACAUCGACCCCCUCACCUUCGUCACAGGUGUUUGGGAGCUCCGCCCGCGAUCUCCUUCCAGAUAUCGACUAUUCAGAUUAUCUUGACUCUUCGCCGUCAGUUUCAGACUGGUGUCGCGAUGCUAUCAAUAGCUCGCUUGUCCGCUAUGCCCAGGUUUUGAUCGCACAGCCUUUUGAAGUUGCCAAAAUCAUUCUGCAGGUGUAUGUCGUAUCAGACAAUGUCGAAGAGGAUCGGAGGUCGACUCCGGGACCCGGGAGCAGCUCAUACGACUCGGAAUCGGAAUCAUCUGACGAUGAGAGCACCUACUUCACUUCCGCCUCUCCUAUGACACCAACACCGAGCACGCCACGAUCCCGGAAGGCCCGUCAUCGCAUCACUGAUCGCAGCGGCUACAUCCGAGCGGAUGCUGCACCAGCAGCUUCAAAACAUGCUUUGAAUAUCAAGAACCCGAGCUCAUUAAUGGAUGUGCUCUCCCAGCUUUGGAAUACCAAUGGUCCAAGCUCCCCUUGGAAAGCAUCCAACGCCACAUUCAUCCACUCGCUGCUGCUGCCCACCUUGAACACUUUCAUCCGCAGUCUCCUCUCCGCUAUUAUCGGUCUCCCAGAGGAGGACAUUGCCUCUUCCAUGACUGCUGAUAUCUUGACGGCACCAUCGCCUCUUGCUACACUAGUCCUGUCCUUCAUUUCCUCGUCGCUGGCCGCCAUCAUUCUUUCUCCUAUCGAUACAGCUCGCACAUUCCUCAUGCUCACUCCUGCAACACAUGGACCUCGCUCCCUCAUUCGUGCUAUCCGUCAACUCCCUACUCCUAACUCUACUAUCCCACCUCAUCUCGUCCCGAUUACCAUUCUCCACUCGAGUCUCCCCAACUUUAUCACCACCGCCACCCCACUCUUGCUGAAGUCAUACCUCUCUAUUGAUCCUCUCCUCAAUCCAUCCAUGUGGAAUCUUUUCACCUUCCUCGGCUCCGGUCUUGAGCUUGCCGUGCGCUUCCCUCUUGAAACAGUUCUCCGCCGCGCCCAGAUCGCCACCUACACUUCUCUCAGUAUACGCCAGAAGUCGUCCGGUGGUAGUAUCCAAGCGGCAUCGAUCGAUGCCUCGGACGUCGAAACUAUUGUUCCGACCCCACGCACCUACCGCGGUGUCAUUGGAACCAUGUGGCACAUCGUUCACGAGGAGGGUGUCAGCCCCUCUCCUUCCGAGGCCGAACGUGCGCGCCAGCUUCUCGGCAAGACCGCGUCCCAGCGCGAGCAGAAAAAGCGCCAGCAAGGACAAGGUAUUCAAGGACUGUACCGCGGUUGGCGAAUAGGCAUGUGGGGCAUUGCUGGUAUCUGGGGCGCCAACUUCCUCGGCGGAGUUGCCCUUGGAGCCGAAGAUGAAGUUACCAUGCGAGGUGGCCAUGGUCGCGCUAGCGGUGGUCGAUUCUAA